GACAACACACCAGCCCAACAAUGAAGCUACUCAUCUUGGUUGCGUUACUGGCAAGUGCCUUUGCAGUUCCUGCUUUGGAAAUGUUUGAAGACACUGAGAGGUAUUACGACCCAGAAGAAGAAAAUCCUUACAGAAUCCGCUACAUUUACCAAGAAGCCGAGAAUGGAAGUUUGCAACUCGUAGAUCUUUUCGAAGUAGACGAAGCCGCACCUAGAGCAACAAUCAACGAUGUCACCUUCCACCUCUUUACCCAAAGAAAUCCUAAUCAAGCUCAAAUUGUUCCAGGAAACAACUUCAACGCUUUAGCUAACACCAACUUUAACCCAUCCCUUCCUAUUAAGUUUAUUAUUCAUGGUUGGAACAAUAACGCAGGAAGUCAAGUCAACUCCGCUAUUAGACCAGCAAUCUUAAACAACAACAACGUCAACGUUUUCGUUGUUGAUUGGAGCAGACCAGCUAACCAAAUGUACACAACCGCAAGAAGCGCAGUCCCAGUUGUUGGUGGUUUUGUUGGAGACUUUAUCAACCGCAUCAGAUCAACUCAUAAUGUUCCUUUGAAUAGAAUUCAACUUGUCGGUCAUUCUUUAGGCGCCCACGUAGCAGGAUGUGCAGGAGCUAGAGUUAACGGACUCGUCCAUUCCAUCGUUGGUUUGGAUCCAGCUGGACCUCUUUUCACUGUCGGAAACAUCGACAACAGGAUCGAUCCAACCGAUGCUGCUUUUGUCCAAAUUAUUCACACCAACCAUGGUCUUCUUGGUUUUGGAACUUCUAGUGGACACGCUGAUUAUCGUCCAAAUGGUGGGCGUUCCCAACCGGGAUGUGGCAUUGAUUUAGCUGGAUCAUGUGCUCAUUCUAGAGCACACGCCUUCUUUGCCGAAUCAGUCCGAACUGGAAGAUUCAUUUCAUGGAGAUGUGAUUCUAUGAACGAUUUGAAUAAUAAUAGAUGCACUGGUAAUCAUAGAUCUUUCAUGGGGCAAUUCGAAGUUGAUAGAACAGCUCGCGGUGAUUACUUUUUGGCCACAAACAACAACGCUCCAUUCGCAAGGGGUUAAAUAUUAAAAGUUUUAAUUGUUCAGUGAUUGUAUUAUUAUUGUUAUACAGUAAAUAAUAACAUUGCAUUCUA